AUGCAUAAACUUUUACUCUUGGCUUUGUUUCGCCUUGUACAUACGGGUCUCGACUGCCGGCCCGAAGGCCCGGUCGUACCUCGUCCUCUCAACCUAACCUACUCCAACACUUUCCAAGCCGCGACGACUUCAUUAGAAAACAAGCUACAACAAGCCUUAUCGGGCGAAAUCACUGCUGGCUGGGUAGUCGAAAACACUUCUUUUUCACUGGCCGUUGUGUCUAUCGAUCAGGCGUCUCCCGCGUCGCCUUUAUGGGAGUAUCACCAUCUGGCCAGCAACAACGUCAAAGGAACAAAAACCUUGACUAGGGACUCUCAGUACCUCAUAGGCUCGGUUUCCAAAGUCUUUUCUGUGCUUAUCCUUCUCAAAAGCGGGAUCCAUCUUGAUUCUCCCGUCACCGACUUGAUUCCGGAACUCAAUGAUGCGUCUUCUUCUUUUCCGUGGGCCAAUAUUUCACUUCGCGCACUUGGCUCCCAUCUUUCAGGGGCUCCGUCAAAUUAUGGAUUCUCUGAGUAUUACUAUCUGAAGGAGUAUUUUGAAUUACUUGGCUUUCCGGCUCUCAACGAUAGUGCCUUUGGCUCUUGUGGUAUAUCUGGGCUGAACGAGGCUUGCACAAGAGCCCAGCUACUCGAGGGUAUGGUCCGUUCAUAUCGUAUUGUAGCAGCUAUGGAGCGCCCGGCCUACUCGAACAUUGCCUUUGCCAUCUUCAUCAUGGCUGUUGAGCAAGCUUCAGACAUGGACUUCUCGCAGCUUCUAAAGGCUCUUAUUGCCGAGCCUCUAGGUCUUUCAAAUACCCUACUCAGCCCUGGAGAUUCAUCUAAAGCGGUGAUCCCACCAGUACAAAACAGCUGGGGUAGUGGCUAUGGACUUAAUGCGCCAGGUGGUGGUCUCGUGUCGUCGCUAUCGGACCUCUCGAUUCUCGCACACGGCAUUCUUUCCAGAACAAUCCUUUCGCCAGCCAAGACGCGGCAAUGGCUCAAGCCACACACGUUCGUCGGAUCUGCAUACUCAUUCGUAGGGCUCCCUUGGGAGAUCUUCCGCCCACCAAACCUCAUUCCGGAGCACCCACACUCCGUGACCGUAUACGCCAAGUCCGGUGGUGCAUACGGGUAUCGGAGUCAGCUAGCCGUUAUCGACGAGUACGGGAUCGCCAUUGUCCUUCUCACUGCGGGUGAUAUGACUGCAGUCCCAUACAUCUAUGGUUCUAUGCUUGCGACGUUAUUACCAGCUGUCGAUACUAUUGCGAGAGAUCAAGCUGCUGAGCUCACCGGUACUUUCGUCAACAACCCCUCCUACAGUAACGACAGUUGCAUCAACGUAACAAUCGUCCAAGAUAAGGACUCGCUUCUUUUCUCGUCUUUGUACCGCGAUGGAAUGGACAUUCUUACUGCACUGAUGGAAAUUUGGACGGUAACGGUUGGCUCUCAACUCACUCCUAUCGACUCACAAUUUAGAAUAUUCCCGACAGAAGAUAUCACUAGAACAACUCUAGACAAGAGGGAUGUGACGAGAGAAGCAUGGCGGAUCUGGUUUGUACCCAUAUACGGCAAUGCAUCUGAUCUUCCGGGCAGUGGGCUUGGUUCAAAGGACUGCAUGUCAUGGACCCUCAACGACUGGAUCUAUUACGGCUCCGAGCCUGUGGACCGGCUCACGUUCGUACGUGAUGCUGUGACUAAGGAAAUGCUGGGUGUUGAAUUUCCUUUCAUCCGAUCUGGUCUUUUAGGUAAAUUUAUGUACCAAGGUCCCGGCGAUUACACUGGUUGUCGUUGA